GAAGAAUGAAGCUUGUUAGAAAUACACACUUUUUAGCUGACUAUUAUUCUUGUUAUUAUAUUAUAGAACAAGUUAAAUUUACCACCUAAACGUUAAAAAAUAUAGACACAUAAAUAUGAAUGGUUGUGCACGAUUUCUAAAUAUGUUAUAACAACAUGACAAGCUAAAAUUGCACAGAAUCUAACUUUGUAAAUCAGUUAAUUUAGAAGUGUGUUGAUGGUGGUAGUUGAAGAGGGUCAUGUGUUUGCUGUAAUGAGCCUCCAGUAUUAAAGUUAAAGUGGUGUCAGAAGGCUAGUUUUAAAGAGUAUUGUUAUAAAUUAGACAUCUACCAAAGUAGACAAACAUGGCAGAGUUUUAUGAUCCAGCCAGCCCAACAGAGGAGUUUGAGGCAGAGUUUGGUGAUGGCAUGAGACACAAGAAUAGGCACCAUAAUGAUCCAGGCUUUAUGAAAGAAGAUCCAGCUUCAAAACUGCCCAGUAUUUUAGAUAUUGAAAUUCCUAUAACUGAGAGAUGGGUUGAAGUUGACGAACCUGUCAUUGAUGGACCGGGAUAUAGAAAACCAAAAAAGAAGAAGAAAAAGAAGAAAAGACUAGACUCGUUUGAUGAUGAACCCAUGGCUAUACCUGCAGAAACUGAAAUUGUUGAAGAAGAAUACAGUGAAAGGUUCAAUGAAAGACAUCGUGAUUUUGGUCGCAGAAGAUCGGACUCUAGACACCGUCCACGAUUUGGUGAACCUUUUAAUGAAGAUUCAAAUGAAUCUGAUCGUUUUGAGAGACGCCCGCCUAGGUUUGGUCGUAGAGGUCGACGGCAUCCUAGAUUCGAUGAUAGUCCCGGAUUUGAUGGUCCUCAUUUUGAUUUUGUGGAUGGACCACCAGAAUUUGACAGACCUCCAGAAUUUGACAGACCACCAGAAUUUGACAGACCUCCAGAAUUUGACCAGCACCCUCCAUUUGAUGGUCCACCAGGGUAUGAUGGACAACCAGCACCUCAUUUUAUUCCACCAGAAUUUCAACAAUUUGGUGGUGAUCCACAAUUCCCCGGCAACAAUUUUCCUCAACCAGGAUAUAAUGGACCACCCCAACAGUUUCCACCUAGCGUUCCUCAAGAGCCAUUUCCAGCUAAUUUCCCCCAGGGUUUUCCUGAUUUUCAAACAUUUGUGCAACAUCAAGCCUUUUUUCAGCAGCAACAACAACAGAUGUUAGCCAGCCUGCAAAUUCCUGUAGCAAUGCCAGUUCCUACUGAAGCUAUGCCAGUUCCACCUGAAACUAUGCCAGUUCCUCCCGAAAUUAUGCCUGUUCCUCCUGAAGCUGUACAUCAGAUACAUCCUCCUGAAGCUGUACAUCAGAUACAUCCUACUGAAGCUGUACAUCAGAUACAUCCUCCUGAAGCUAUGCAUCAGAUACAUCUUCCGCAAUCUGCAGCACAAGUAGUACAGUCUAUUGACCAAGCAAAUCCUACACCUCCUGCAGCUCCUUUAGUUUUGGAUGAGAUUCAACUCCCACCACCACCACCUGAUAUCUCACUUAAAGAGCUUGAAAAUAAAAACAUUAAAACUGAAGUAAAUAACACUAAAUUAAAGGCGGCUUCUGGCACUGGAGAUGAGCCAAUUGAAAUAGAAGAUUCUCCUCCAAAUUCUGUUGAAGCAAUAGAAGAGCCUGAAGAAAUUAUCCAAGAAAAAACAGAACCUGAGGAGCCAGAAGAAGAACAAUCAGCUGCUAGGAAAUUAUUAAAUAAAAUCAUGCAAGCCACAAAAAGUGGUGAAAAACAACUUCCCGCCUUGAAUCAGUUACCACCUAUGAUUGGUAAAGGACUACUAAAUGUAAAAUCUAGUGUUAAGAGUAAAAUAUCAUUUCAACUGAAACCGAUUAUUAAAACUGUAGAAGGGUCAGGUGGUGAAUCUGAAGAAGAAGAAGACCAACAACAAGCAAAUUUGAAGAAAGAUGUACCUUUAAGGCCUAAGGUUGUAAAGAAACCAGAAAUCUUCAAACCAGAUGAGGAUAUAAAUGAUCCAAGUGUUCAACAACUGGUCCAAAUCCGUGAUACACUUGAGGCUAGGGAGAAAUUGCAGAAGGAAGAAUACUAUCAGGCAUUGGCAGUUUUGAAUCAACAGAAAGCAGAACUUCGUGAAGAACCAACUGUACUUGUCCAAAAAUUUGCUAAAAAAAUAGAAGACUCACAACUUAAAGCAAAAGCCAAAUCUCGAUGGUCUGAUGGUGCUGAUCAAAAUAAUAGUAAUGCAGAAACUGCAAGCGCAGAGGUAUGUGACGAUAUCAAGACAAAAGAUACUUCAGAGGUAACACAAGAAUCUAAUGAUAUCGAGGCUAAUGAUAAAGAAGACAAAGAGAAUGACAACACUGCCAAGUCCUCUAAUAAAGACAAAAGUCGUAGUCCAUCCAAGGACAGAAGUAAGAAAUUAAAAAAGCAAAGUUCUGAGAGAAGUACUUCAAGAGAUAAAAGCAGAGAAAAAUCAAGACAUCGUUCAAAUGAUAGAAACAGAGAAAGGAAGUCAAAAAGAUCACGGUCAAGGUCUGGCUCUUAUGAUCAGAGAUCAAGUAGAUCCUACAAAAGACGUUCAAGAUCAAGAGAUAGAGGAUAUGACAAAGGACAUGACCGAGGGUAUGACUGGUCACGAAGGGGAAGACCUUGGUAUCAUAACAGACAACCAUAUGGCAGAUACCAACAUUAUCAAAACUAUCAUCAUCGAAGAUAUGUUGAUGAUUAUAGAAAGUCUGAUUAUUAUGACCAAAGAAGAGAUAGAAGAAGUUCACCUCAUAGAUCGCGUAGGAGGAGUUCAUAUUCUAGGUCAAGGUCUAGAUCUAGAUCAGUGAACAGAGGAAGAGGUAAAUCAAUCGAAAAAGUUAUUGCAGAAACCGUUGAGGAAAUGUUGAAAUCUGAAAAUGGCAGCCAGUCUCGCAAAGGACGUAAAAUGAAGGAAAGACAAAGAGAAAAAAAGAGAAGAGAAAGUAGUAGCAGUAGCAAGUCAUCUUCUGAAGAGACCAGUGAAGAAGAAGAGGAAGAAGAAGAGGAAGAGGAAGAAGUACAAGUCAAGACUUUACAGUCUAAAAUUAAAUCUAAAGAUGCUACAGAGAAAAGGAAGGAAGUUUCAGAAAGUAGUGACUCUUCGGAGUCAGAGGUUGAAAGUGAAGAAAGCAGUGAAGAAAUAGAUCAACAAAAGCACAGCAAGCAAAGAAAUGGUAAAGAAAAUAAAGAUGUUAAGAAUAAAACCUUAACAGAAAGGGACGAAAAUUCCAAAGUACAGAAAAACACUAAAGUACAGAAAAACACUAAAGUAGAGACAAAAUUGAAAGUGAAGAAGAGCAGCAAGGAUACUAGAAGUAAAAAAGUAGAAGACACUUCUGAUGAUUCAGAUGAUACAACUGAUUCGAGCUCCAGUUCAGAAGAUGAGAGUGAAGAUUCCCGACCAUCUAAAAGACAUGAUAGAUAUGUAAAGGACAAAGAGGUGUACUCUAAAAAGCAGAAAGAUUCUGUUGAUAAUGUAGUCAAAAAGAGGGAUGAAGAUAUUAAAAAGUCACAAAGACAUUCUUCAAAUAAGAAUUAUGAUUCUGAAGAAGAAAAAAUUCAAAGAACUAAAGAUUCAAAAAAGUCUAAAGAUUCUUCAAAAGAAAGCCGCACCAGAAAAAGACAUGAUACCACUUCAGAGGAUGAAUCAUCAUCUGAAGAAGAUAGGAAAAAGAAGAAACAAUCAAAAUCUAAAUCACCUGUUCCAGAUAAAAGUAGAAAGCGUUAUGAAACCAGUACAAGUGAUGAUACAUCACCAGAAGAUAGAAAAAAUAAAAAUAAAAAAUCAGCAAAGGAAAAGGUCCACCAGAAGAAAGUGAAAUCAGACAGAAAAGACAAGUCAUCUGACCAUUCUAAAAGUAGAUAUAGGAAAAAUCGUGAAGAAAGUGAGAAAAUGGAAGAAGGAUCAGAUGGUGAAGUUAAUGUGAGGCAUACAGAAGAAAUAAUGAAAUCUAAAUCUAAAUUAGCCCAGAAAGAUCAUAACCAAGAAAAAGAUAAAGAUGACAGCUCAUCUGAGUCUGAAUCUGAUUGUUCUGGGAAGGAAAUAACUGCAUUAUCUGUGCAGAAACAUGACAUCAAAGAAGACUAUAAAAUUAAAUCAGCAAAUGUGAUUCAAAUGGAAUAUGGAGAUGCUAAAUUGGAAAGGUAUCCUAGAUAUGACAAGAAACAGAAGAAGGAAUUAAUGGCUACGGAAGAACGAAAAGUAAUGGAAAAGGCCAUUAAAUCUAAAGAGUCUGGCCAGAGGGAUGAAUUCAAGGGCAUAAAACGCAGAAACUCUUAUGAAGCUGAAGAAAAAGAAAGUGAGUAUAGAAAUGAAAGUAAAAGGGAUAAAAAAGAAGACACAAGAGCUGAUAAAGCAAUGGAAAAAACAAGGGAGGUUGAUCAUUUGGAUAAAUCAAUGGAUCUAAAUACACCUUCCAAGAGAAUAAGGGAGAAUGAAGAGAAUUCAGCCACAACUGGCACAAGACUCAGUGAUGAAAGCAUAGAACAACUACGACAAUCUAAUAAAGAAUUUUUUGAAAAGAUGCUCGAUACGUCAAAGAAGAAGCAUGACAAAAAAUCUGAAAAAUACGGACAGUCAGGCAUUUCUAUCAGGGAUAUUAAACCGAAAGUGGAUGAUGACAAAAUUCAACAACGUUCACUCCCAAAGGAUUACUCUGAAGAUGUUACAUAUAAAUCAAAAAUUUCAUCCAAACAUGAUGGAGAGAUAAUGAGUCGACCAAACAUUUCAUCCAAACAUGAUGGAGAGAUAAUGAGUCGACCAAGAAGGUCUGGCAAAGAAUUAAUUGAUGAAGAAUUUGAUCAAUCGAAACAAAAACAUUCUGGUAAGAGGCACAAUAAUGAAAAAACUGAUAAACCUUUAUUUAAUAAAGAAUUCAUUAAUGAUGAUGUUCUUAAUUCUAGCAAUGCACAAGAUUUAGAUGAUAAGUUUGAAAGACCUAAGAGAUCGAGCCAAGAAUGUGCUGAGGAUAACUUUGAAUCUGCGAGACACAAACAAACUGAUAGAAGACACAGUAAUGAAAAAAAUGAAAAACCAAGAAAAUCUAGCAAAGAAUUUACUACAGAUGAUUUUGAUACAAACAAGAAACAUGACACAGGGUUGGAUAGACCAAGAAAAUCUAGUAAAGAAUUUCUUCAUGAUGAAUUUGAUACAUUAAAUCAAAAGCAUUCUGGCAAGAGAUACAGUGAAGAACAUUUGGAAAAACCCAGGAGAUCCAGCAAAGAAUUUACUGAAUUUGAAUUUGAUGCUUCAAAACAUUCGGACAAGCGAUACGGUGAUGAAAAGAAAGAGAAGCCAAGGAGAUGUAGCAGAGAUUUUAUAGAAGAUGAUUUUGGCGUUCCAAAGCAUCCAGGCAAGAGACAGAAUGAUGAAAUGAUAGACAAACCUAGGAGAUCAAGUAAAGAGUUUACUGAGGAUGAUUUUGGUUCUUCAAGGCAUGGUAAAAGACACAGUGAUGAAAUGGAGAGACCUAGACGAUCAAGUAAAGAGUUCAAUGAAGAUGAUUUUAACGCCCCUAGACAUACAAGCAAAAGACAUAGUGACGAAAAAACAGCUAGAUCAAGACCGUUAAGUAGGGAAUUCACUGAAGAUGAUUUUGAUGUAGCCAGAAGAAAAUUUGAUGACAAUCUUAGGCCAAGACAUUCUUCCAGGAGAUUAAGUGAAGAGAAUCUGCCAGAAUCCAGACACAUGGACAGAUAUCUUGAAAAUGAAGACAGACUGACCGACAGAAGGUAUGAAGGUGAUGAUUAUAAGAGAGGUAGAAUUCCUUAUCGGGAUGAUGAUUUUGAGGGAGGGAGAUCUUAUAGAAGACAAUAUUAUGAUGAGAUUGGCCCAUCUGGUCAUGGAUUGUAUGAGGACGAUUUGGAAAGAGAUAGAUGGUUGGGUAGAGGUCACCCUGAAGACAGUGCCAGGGAUUCUAGAAGGUAUAAAGACGAGAGAAAUGAAUUUACACCAGUGGAACCUGGAUAUUUGUCACCAUCCCAUCCUUGCUAUGAUGAGCGUGACAGACCAAGAAGCUAUGACAAGUUUCCACAAUAUGUUAGAAGUAAGUGGGAAUCUUCAGAAACAGAGUGGGAAGAUACUUAUAAGCAUGAAUAUGGUAGAGAUUUUCCAAGGGAAGAGGACGAUAGAGUUGAUGAUGUUUUAAGGAAAGAUUGGAAUAUUGAGGAUGACAGGAGAUUGGAGAAACGUGAUGGUUAUUAUAGGGGUAAAGAUGUUUGGUCUGAUAAUCCUCAAGACAGACGCAAAGAAAGGAACAUUCCAGGUGAUGACAUAGGUCUAGAUUAUCCCAAAACAAGAAGACACCCUGAUUAUGACAGGGAUAGCUCUAAAGAUUUAAGAGAGAAAUCCCACAGACACAAAUACUAUGAUGAGGAAUUUGAAAAAAAAUAUAAAAAUGAGGAUAGAGCAGUUGUUAAACACUUUGAUGAUGAUUUUUAUAAUAGAACUAGAAAAGAAAGAGAGGUCAGUACCAAAAAGUCUGCAGCUGAAGCAGAAAUUGAUUACUAUACUGGGAAGAAGAACCGCCAUUUUGAAAGUCCAAAAGGAGACAACAAAGUAUCCAGUAAACAUUAUAGAAGUCCAACUAGUUCAGAGAUCCCUGAAAAAAGAGACAGAAUGGAAAAGAUCAUUGAUCGAAAGGACCAAGAAAUUCCCUCUCUGAUGGAUUUAGACUUGCAAUCCGGUACAAAACAUCCACAGCUGAAGGAGGAAUCACCUCAAAUAAGGGGCUCCAUAAGUGAUGGUAAAAUUGAGAGUCAGACCAAGGAUGAAAAACUAACCCACAAUUUUAAGAAACAGAGGCGAAAGUUUACAGAUUUGCCAAUGAGUGAUACAAGUAAAAUUGAAUAUGAAUCUAAAAAUGUUGACCUUAAGGAUAAAACAACUUUACGUCAUAGCCCUUGUCCAGUUAUUGCUACAGAUGUGAAUAAGAAUAGCUCAUUAUCUUCACUUCAGACAUAUGAUGAAAUACUGUCUGAAUCAGAUCUAGAGUCAAUGAAAGUCAAUUCACCUCGUAAUGUGUUACCCAUGAAGGAAGCCAUUGUGGCAGCUUCUAAAGUAGGACCAGUUCCAUCAAAACUAGUAGUGGAUGCCAAAGAUGCAGAAUCAUUUGAGGCCAAAACCAAUCACAUCUCACUUGUGGCAAACAAGAAUAUGGAAGAUAAAGAACAAGUAGCAAAAUUUGAAGCAGAAAAACCUGCUUUGAAAACUCUUACGGUAAACUUGGAAAGAUUAGGUGAUAUAUCUUUAGAUAAAUCAGGCAAAAUGGUUAUCAGUCCACCAAAGACUAAAUCUAAAUUAGAAUUUCCACACAAUACAAAAUUAUCUCCUGUUGAAUUGCCAGUUUCUGCACCCAGAAUGGGGCUAGAAUUGACUGAUAUUCCCCUUCCUGGGGAACAGUCUGCACCACCUCCAGUACAGCUUUUAGAAAUAAAAAAAAUUUAUCCAAAUGAAGUUCCUAUUUCAGCAACAUCAAACUUGUCUGCGACAUCUAUUCGUAGAUCAACUAGAAUAUCGGCAAGAAGGGAAUCGGCUGAUGUUUCUGAACAACAUCCUUCAUCAAAACCAGAACCUGCAUAUAAAAGUUCAGCAGAUGUGAGUCAGAUUUCAGCCAGUCCUAUAGUUCAGUGUGAACUAACCUCUAGCUCUGUAGUAAAUUUGCCUAAUACUGAUGCAGUUAGACCAAAAAUAACUAUGAAAUUCUCAACCAAGUGGGACAAAGGCAAAGUGAAAGUUGGAGAAACUGAAAUAUUUGGCAUUGAGGCUGAAACACCAAAACUUAAGUUUAAUCCAUCUUUAUUAAUGGAUGAUAAAGAUAAUAAUUUAAUACAGGAGCCUUCAAAACCAGUGACUCCAACUGCACCUGUUGAAGCACAAGAAGCCCUUACAGCAGAAAUUUCACAACCAAAUGAGGAAAUUAUCCCAAAGCCUGUUGAUCAAAUUAAAUCCAAGUCACCACCCGUGAUCAAAACCAGAAGAAGUAGUAGAUUAAGUGCCCAUGCAGCUAAUGAAGCCUUACUGAAUCUAAACAACAACUCUUCUAGGAAAACUAAGGGUAAAAAAACAGUUGCUUUAGAACCCAAUGCUAAUGAAGUAACCUCUUCUCCGUCUACAAGUCCUUCAUUAACUCCAGAGGUUGCACCAAAAACAGUAGCAAAAGAACUUGUAGAAGCUGUUCCUACAAGACGAAGAAGUACCCGAUGCAACAAACAACCACAAACAGAAGGCUGUACUUCUGAAACUACUGACAUUGUUUCUACAUCAAAUCAGGAUGACAUAAAAGUUCAACAGCAACCAGCACCUCCAUCUGAACAAACUCAAGAAGAAAUGCAAACACCAGGUAAUCUUUUGGACGUUGGACCAACAGGAACAGAGAUUGUGACUGAAGAAGCUGAACAGAAGAGUGAAGAAAAAGAGGGUUUAUUUGAACAGGUAGAAGAAGAAAUAAGGCAGAAAAUCAUACGGGAAGUAGAUGAUAGAAAGAAAGUAAAAUCAGACUGGCAGGAUAGAGACUCUGAGCGUAGAGAUAGAAAAGACAGAGAUAGAUAUGAUGAUAAAAGGGAUAGAAGCAGAAGAUACCAUGAUGAUGAUAGAGAUCGUGAUCGUUAUCGUAGCUAUGAUAGAGACAGAGAUUAUGAUGAUAGGAGGUAUCGUGAUAGAGGAAAAUACAGAGACAGAGAACGGGACCGUGAAAGAGAUAGAGAUGAUUAUCAUAGAAGUAGCCGACGUGGCAGUGAUAGAGAUAGAGAUAGUAGAGAUCAUUAUGAAAGACGAUCUAGUAGAAGAUAUGACAGAGAAAGUAGUAGUCGAUCUAGAUCACCAGAAUUCAUCAGUAAAAGGCCAAGUAAAGUUGAAAAUGAAAAACCCACAACAGAAGAAUUUCCUAAAUUUGAUCCACCAGUGAAAGUUACACCUUUAGAUAUAUUUCAUACCGAAGUAACAAAAAGCACUUUUACUCCACAGGCCAUAUCACCAGUUGUUGCAUCGUUACGACCCACUAAUCCUCCGUCUUACUUUAAAGAUAUGACAGAUAUUGCCGAUAUUCCACCACCACCAAACUAUGCUCCUUCUCCUCAGUCUAAUGUGAUAACAAUUGUUCCUACACAAACUCCAGACUCGUCAACAAGUCCGCCCAAACCUAUGAAAGUCAAGUCAAGAUGGUUACGUUUCAGUGAAGCUGAAGCCUUAGAAAGUAGUGAUUCAAGCCCAGUGACCAAUAUCCAAUAUGUUGAUGAUCCUUCUUUGAUAGCAACACCACAUCAGUCUGGAAGAUCAACAUCAAACCUUGUGCCUUUAACUGGUCCUUUAGCACCUGUUUCUAACAUACCCCUACCAUCAACAUCCCAACCAGUACCAGUAAAUAUACAAUCAAACGCUCAUUCAAAUCUAGUAUCUAUUGUACCAGUUGAAACAUUACCACAAACUGUUCCCUUCCAAGUCGCCAAGGCCCCAAUACCUUCUACUUACAGACCUUAUGUAGAAAAACUACCUCAAAUUGAUGAAACUGUUACUCAUCCAUCUUUAUCUUCGGAGAACAUUGAACAUCAAGCUCUUAUUGAUGAAAAAUCUUUUAAAAACAGAACUAAUAUAUUUGAUACCUUGAACUCACAAUGCCUGGAUGAAAGUCUUAGAUCUGAUGUAUCCAGUAGCCAAGAAACAGUCACCAUUUCUCAACCAUCUAUAGACCAUGGAGAUACCACUCCGAACGAGUCUGCCAACGUAGAACCAAUCACCGAAACCAUGCCGUAUUUUGAACAAAUUGAUGAAAACCUCUAUCUCACCGAGAGACAUCAAUCUAAACAGAUGAAGAGAAUGGUAUGCGAUUGUACAACAAGUAAAGAAGAUAGAGAUAAUGGAAUAGAAGCUUGUGGUAAUGAUUGUCUCAAUCGUAUGUUGUAUAUCGAAUGUGGAUCACGAUGUGCUUGUGGUGAAUAUUGUAACAAUAAGAAAUUUCAAAAUCUUGUAUACAGUAACGUAGAAGCUUUUCAGACGUCAUGGAAAGGCUGGGGUUUAAGGGCUGCUGAAGAACUAGAAGCAGAUAAAUUUGUAAUGGAGUAUGUAGGAGAGGUUUUAGAUUACAAGGAGUUUAAGAAUAGAUCAAAACAAUAUGCAAGAGAUGAAAUCAAGCAUUUCUAUUUCAUGGCUUUGAACCCUGAUGUUCUGAUUGAUGCUACACUUAGAGGAAAUAUUUCACGAUUUAUCAAUCAUAGUUGUGAUCCAAAUUGUGAAACACAAAAGUGGACAGUUAAUGGUGAAUUGAGAAUAGGAUUUUUUACUAGAAGAACUAUUUCACCUGGUGAAGAACUCACUUUUAAUUAUCAGUUUGAAACAUAUGGAAAAGCAGCUCAGAAAUGUUUUUGUGGGUCAGAUAAUUGUCGUGGUGUAAUCGGUAUUGAGAAACCACUACCAUAUAAGAAUAAGAAGAAAGACAAAAUUAUUAAAAAGAAAGAAAGUAUGUUUGGUGUCGAUGAGAUUGAAGAACAGAUUGAGAGGAUGAGUGCUGAAGGUUUACGUAAUAAGAAUCAUGUAUUAAACUUGUGUCGUCUGAUGGUCUACGUACAACAACCAGAUCAUAGAAUAGCCAUCCUAAAAAUAUUACAGAAUACUCCUGAACCAGCUUGUCAGAGAUUGUUUGUUGAUUAUCAUGGUUUACCUUUGUUAUGGAGUUGGAUGGCGGACUCUCAAGAACCAUCAGCAGAGUUUCAAUUUGAGGUUGUGUCUUUAUUAUCUGAGUUGCCCAUUACAAAUAGAACAAUUUUGCAAGAUAGUAAAAUAUUAUCUGUUAUUGAAAAAUGGACAGAAACUUCUGAAGCUGAUAGUAACAUAGAGUUACCUCCCCCUCCUCCAUCUACAGUGCCAGUAGGAAUAUUAUCUUGUGCUAAAGACACUAAAGAAGAUAAAGAAAAAGCUCCUAAAAAGCGUGUCACAUUUGCUGAAGAAACAGUCAGUUCUGAUAGUGAUUUAUCAGACAUUAAUAGUUUAAUUACUACAUCAGAAGCUUGCUCAAGUACAAGUAUGUCGCUAGGGUCAACAGAAACAAUUCCUGAAGGGCAGUAUUUAGGAAAGUUAGGAAAUAUUGAAGAUGAUGGUUUAGAACAGUCUGACUUUGUGCAAUCAAGUGAAGACACAGAUUCUAAUAUGGAGUCUGGUGUGUUGAAGCAGACAUCAAGUCAAAGAGAGGCUGAUUCUAGUGUAUCUGGUGAUAUAGGAAUGGAUACACAUCUAGUAGAGAGUAGUGAUAAAAACGAAUGUACAGUAGAAAGUAGUGCUAUGGAAGAAGAGAGUCAGGAUGAUGAAUCAAGUAUAGACAGUGGUGAAAAAACAGAAAGUUUAUCAUUGUGUACUGUAGCCAGUAAAUUAUUAGAACAAUGGAGUAGUCUCAAGGAAGUGUUUAAAAUACCAAGAAAGGAAAGAGUUGAAGAAAGAAAGAGAACAGAACAAGAACUAGAUACAAGAUACAAGGAAAUUGGUGGGGAUUCACCUUUUGCCAAUUGGGCUUCAAAGAGGAGGGCCAGUAAGGCUAAAAAACGUGCUGCACCAAAUGAGGAAGUUUUCUUAGAUCCAGGUAGACCAAGACGCACCCUUCUACCAACACCACCAAAAAUGAGUAAAGAAGAAAGACGUCAGUUAUUUGAGGCACAGGUUAAGGCACAAGAUGAAUUGCAGGCGGAAUUUCAGCGUCAACAACUUGAAGCCUUACAAGCUGCUUACCCAUGUGUUCCCACAGAGUUCUUUCAGGAUCCGGGAUUCCUCCAUGCAUUGCAACAUAAUCCGAACUUUGCUCUGCAACUUCAUGAUCCAAACUUUAUUUUACAACUUCAAGAUCCCAAUUUUAUUAUUCAGUUACAAGAACAAAUGCAGAUGCAAAUGCAGCAACAAGAUUCUAGUAUGCCCAUGCAAGAUCCAAAUAUGGCCAUGCAGCAAGAUCCUAAUUUGGUCAUGCAAAUGCAACAAGAUCCUAAUCUGAUCAUGCAGAUGCAGCAGGAUCCUAACUUAGCCAUGCAGAUGCAGCAAGAUCCAAAUUUGGUUAUGCAAAUGCAGCAUGAUCCGAAUUUAGCAGCUCAAAUGCAGGAUCCGAAUAUGGUGAUGCAUUUACAGGGAUCUCAAGCACAACAAGUGGUAGUUGGUGGUAUCCCCCCUCAAUUAACUGGUGUACCUCAACAAGUGGUAGAUGUGAAUGGACAAUUAAUACAAACAGGUCAUUUACCUGCAGACCCUAACAUUCCUCAACAAGCUCAGGUUAUAAUGGAUUCAUCUGGUCAACAAAUAAUAUAUCAUCAACAACAACAACAACAAUAUCAGGUACAAACUAGUCAAGGUGUAAUGCCAGCCCCACAGUAUUACACUAUGCCACAAGGGGUAAUAGUUCAACAACCGCAAGUUCCCACAUUACCCCCUCAAGUCCAGGUAGCAGACCAAAAUUUAGUUCAUCAGCAAUUACAACAGUUAUUGAAUAUUCAGCAGAAUUUAACAGCUUCCCUUCCUUCAACAAGUCAACCCGUAGAAGAUGAUGUCCCCCCACCCCCUUCACCUCCAAAAGCUAAAGUACCUAAAUUACCCCCUCACUGGAAGUCAGCAAAAGAUGCAGAUGGAAAAAUGUAUUAUUAUCAUGGUAUAACAAGACAAACUCAGUGGGAUCCACCAACAUGGGAACAAGGUGAUUUAGAUAUGGAUCUUGGGACACCUACAUUUGAUGAAUUUGGUAAAAAGAAAAAGAAAACUUUAACAGCAGCAGCAGAUACUUCAAGUGAAGUAGAGAAAAAGUUAAAAGAUAUAUUUCGCAAAGGAAUGUCGACUUAUAUAGUGUCAUGUUUAAAUCCCUACACAAAGAAAGAUUGUAAAAUUGGUCGUAUUAGUAGUACUGACGAUUUUAAACAUUUAGCAAGAAAGCUAACUCAUCAUGUAAUGGCAAAAGAGUUAAAACACUGUCGUCAUGUAGAGGAUUUAGAAGUUAAUGAAAAUGUGAAAUCCAAGGCUAAAGACUAUGUAAGAAAAUAUAUGUCGAAAUCAGGUCCUGUGUAUAAGAAACCUCUUGAUGAUGAUAUUUAUUAAACAGACUUGUAUUUUACUUUAAUUGCUUUGGAAGAAAUGUAUAUAAUUAUUUUAAUACAAAUGAACCGAAGUGGGAUUUAUAAAAUCUCUGUGUUGGUGCGUUUUUAUUCAGUGAUUAUACAAGUGUUCUUAUUUGCAACAGAAGAGUUCAUUGACGACUGUUCUAAGGAAUGACAAAAUAAUGGCAUCAUUAACAAACUGGAUCAAUUUGAAAAAAGAAACACUGCUAUAAAUUAAUGGGGAACAGGUCAGUGGAUAGAAUUUAAAAUCAAAAGGCAUCUUAAAUAUUUAAACAUAUUCAUCAUUUAAAUGAAAGAGACCAUCACAAAUGUCUUAUGUUUAAAUUUCGAUACUGCAUCAGAAAGUGCUUUUUUUUUUAUUGGAGAUGUUGAACACACAAGCUAUCAUUAAUUAAAACACUCUCUUUGGAAAGUGAACAUAUGAAAUUUUUUUAAAGGCAUUAACAUGAAUAUCAUAUUUUGCAAAUCAUGUUGCUUGUUGAAGGAGACUGUUUUAAUUAUUGCCUGGCAUCUAUUUUAUACUCUCUAAAUAUUAUGUUAUAAGGAUCAAUCAUGUAUGUAACUGACCUGAAUUUUGCUGUGUCCUGUUUUAUUAGACCAUUUGAAGAUUAUCAGUAUUGAAUUUUUGUCUUCGUAAUCCCAAGAUCAGUGAUUUAUUAUCAGAGGUUAAUGUCUCAGUAGUUUUGAGAAAUUUUGUGUGUUACUUAAUUCAAUGAGCAUUUAUAAGAUUAUAAAUUCAGAAUAAAAGAUUAUUUUAUCACAUUAUUUGGUGUAAUACUAAAUUCACAACUUUUGUAGAUAUUUCAUUUUUGAUUAAAUAUGAUUUUUCAUAUUCUUCUGUACAUGUAACAGACAUCUAUUGUACCAUUGUAUCAGUCGGUAUUUUUAAGCAACGCACAAGCUAGUAUAUUUUUUAACAAGCUACGGGCUGUAGGUCUGUGAUUAACAGAUUUCGCUUGAUCAAGCACUGAUUUCAUGUUUCAAGUUAUGGAUGAUAAAGGUAACAAGCUAAAGCUUGUAAAUGUUUAUAGUCUUUUUCAUGUUUUUAAUAGUUUAUGUAUUACAUCAAUGAUUAGUUGCUUCAGAUUCGUGACAUUAACCAAUUUAUGAAUUGUAAAAAUAUAACCUGUAAUACUGUUAGAGUCCACACAGUUAUAGGUUAUGUCUAUUUGUUUAUCAGUAGUUGUUAUGGCGACAAUGUCUUCUUGUUGGUCAUCUCAGAUUAUUUUAUUAUAGAGUGUGUUUUCCUCAUUACAUGUAUUAUAGUUGUAUGAAAUAUAUUUUCUGUGUUGAGAAUGUGUUUUGGUUUUGAUUCUUUGCCUACAUUUUUUUUUUAUAUCAUGUUAAACAAAUUUAGAUAUUAGAAAGAGAUGUAACUUAAUAUAGUUAUUUGUACAUAAUACAUUAAAAGUAACAUAAAAUGUUUGAAUUAUUAAA